CAUGUAAAAUAUUCUUUCAUUAGCCAUUAAGGAGUGGAAAUAAAUAUGAAAUUUCAAAUCAUAUCAAUUACUUUAUUAAUAUAUUGCGUAAAAUGUGAGCAGAAUUUACAACUCGUUUGGAGCGAAGAAUUCAAUGGCAAUGAAGUGGAUGCAAACGUAUGGGAAGUGGAGGAUGAAUGGCAAUCAGGCAAUUGCUAUGGCAAUUUCAUCGGCCAAUUGAAUUGCAAUGUAAACCAAAGUAAAAAUUUACGGCUAAUAGAGGGCUGUCUGGCCAUAACAGCCUUUCGGGAAAAGCAAAAAGUUUUUGAUAAAGAGUACACAUCGGCCAAAAUCAAGACCAAAAUGGGCUGGACUUACGGGCGCUUUGAGAUUAGGGCCGCUCUACCGGUGGGCAAAAUGUUGAGACCAGUAAUGGCUAUGGAGUCGGUAUCACCCAAACAGUGGGCCACCGCCGGUCAGAUCGACAUAAUGUCUAACAUACAAACUCAAGCACUUGUAUCCGGUGUGCACUUCAGCGCAUCGCCGCCCGUAUAUUACGGUCAAACUUAUGGCUUAACCCCCGAAACACGUGUCAAUCAAUUUCAUACAUACGCUGUCGAGUGGAGUGAACGACAAAUGAGUUGGUUUUUUGAUGGCAUGAGAUAUUUCACGUUUCAUUUAAACCACACAUUAUCUCCACAUUACGUCCGAAAGGGUGAGCCGUUUGUGGGAAAGCCGUUCAAACUAUUGAUAAAUUUAGGCGUCGGCGGACUCCUAUUCCCCAAUCAAUUGCUCGACAUUAAUGACACCAACGACUGGAAAGACAUUCAAUACAGGAGAGGACCUGACGUCAAGUGCCGCAGAUAUUUGCCCGACUGUUAUGUCAGAUACAAGUAUAAGUCGAGAUAA